AUGUCUUACGCUUCGACCUCAAAUCAACAUCGCACACCGCCAACAUCACCAACUGGAUCGUUCACUAGCCGACCUGUUGCGAUGACUUUGUCUUCUUCGUGUUCAUCUUCGCGACGCGAAAGCUUCAACUCAGCAAUGACGACUGCCGACCCAUAUUCAACCUGCGGCUACUCUAUGUGGGCUACGUCGACUUCUGGAAAGCCGAGUGCGUACGUCAGCGACGAGGACCUGUUCGGGAACGACGACGAGGCAUAUCUGAGCGAGCCACCGCCACCACCGCGCUCUGCCGAAGUCUGGAUGGCGCGUCCUCUGCUCCCGCCUGUCGUUCAAUACAAGCCGAAUGCCUGUAGCACGCAGGCCAAAAAGAAACGGCACAGCAACUCCGACGGCAGCACAACCAAGAGCUGA